GUGUAGUCGAAUGAUAUAAUUUUAAUAAAUUAAUAAUUUGCAUUUCGCAUUGGUAUUUGCCAUUUGGCACAAUGGUACCUUAGGUGCUUAUCUUCGUUUUCAAUCGGACUUAAUAAUUACCUAAUAAUUUGGAUGUUUGUAGCUAAAGUCAUUAAAUUUACUUUGUUUAUUGUUUGACGAAACAUGAUAUGCAAGAUGCCAGUUGCCGAAGAAACGUUGUCGAUAUCUGAUGUAAUAGUGCAACUCCAAGACUAUAGCCCCACCAUACCCGAUUCUAUUACAACAUCUAUAUGCUCAGAAGCUGGAUUUGAGACAAAUGACCCUCGAAUAGUUCGGUUGAUAGCAAUUGCUUCUCAGAAAUUUAUUGCUGAUAUAGCCAACGAUGCAUUGCAACAUUGUAAAGUGCGUUUGGCUACCUUGCCAACUAAAUCUGGAAAAGUUCCUAAAGACCGUAAAUUCACAUUAACUAUGGAAGAUUUAUCACCAGCACUCAGCGAUUAUGGAAUUAUUGUUCGAAAGCCUCCAUAUUUUGUCUAAUUUUUCAGUUAAUUUGUACUUAAUUAUAACAUUUUACUCAUUAAUAUUUUAAAUCAUUAAUUAAAAAUUUGUGUUCCAGUUUCUAUGAUGUAAUUAAAAUUUCCCCUUUAUUUAACGCAUAUUUUACUAUAUUCUAAUAAUUUGAAAAUAAAAUUUACUUCUAGAUAUUAUAUAAUUUGUAUAAAAAUAAAUAAUUUAAAAGUAUUAAUUCAUGUAUUGUGAUAGUAAUAUCAUUUUGUAUACGGUAACAAAGGUAUUCCUUGAAAAGUAAAAAUGAUACAAUAAAACUGUACAAUAAGAACAUAA